CCGGAACCGGAAGUUUAGUGGGCGGGGCCCGGCAGCGGAAAACGCAGAGGAGCCAGAGCGGGGACUCGGCUGUGGCCGCUGCCCUGUCCCCUCCACGGAUAGCCGUGGCUCCAGGCUGAAGGUCGGUCCGGAGGCGGGUGGGCGCGGGUCUCCCCCGGAGUGUCCGGGCGGCAGCCUCCCUGGGCCCCCCGGGCUCCGCGAAAGAUCAUGUCUACAGCCUCCGCCGCUUCCUCCUCCUCCUCGUCUUCGGCCAGUGAUAUGAUCGAAGCCCCCACCCAAGUCCUCAACUUUGAAGAAAUCGACUAUAAGGAGAUCGAAGUGGAAGAGGUUGUUGGAAGAGGAGCCUUUGGAGUAGUUUGCAAAGCUAAGUGGAGAGCAAAAGAUGUUGCUAUUAAACAAAUAGAAAGUGAAUCUGAGAGGAAAGCUUUUAUUGUAGAGCUUCGGCAGUUAUCCCGUGUGAACCAUCCUAAUAUUGUAAAGUUAUAUGGAGCCUGUUUGAAUCCAGUGUGUCUUGUGAUGGAAUAUGCUGAAGGGGGCUCUUUAUAUAAUGUGCUGCAUGGUGCUGAACCAUUGCCGUAUUACACUGCUGCCCAUGCCAUGAGUUGGUGUUUACAAUGUUCCCAAGGAGUGGCUUAUCUUCACAGCAUGCAGCCCAAAGCCCUAAUUCACAGGGACCUGAAACCACCAAACUUGCUGCUGGUCGCAGGGGGGACAGUUUUAAAAAUCUGUGAUUUUGGUACAGCCUGUGAUAUUCAGACACACAUGACCAAUAACAAGGGGAGUGCUGCUUGGAUGGCACCUGAAGUUUUUGAAGGUAGCAAUUACAGUGAAAAAUGUGAUGUCUUCAGCUGGGGUAUUAUCCUUUGGGAAGUGAUAACGCGUCGGAAACCCUUUGAUGAGAUCGGUGGCCCAGCUUUCCGUAUUAUGUGGGCUGUUCAUAACGGUACUCGACCACCACUGAUCAAAAAUUUACCUAAGCCCAUUGAAAGCCUGAUGACUCGCUGCUGGUCAAAAGAUCCUUCUCUGCGCCCUUCAAUGGAGGAGAUUGUGAAAAUAAUGACUCACUUGAUGCGGUACUUUCCAGGAGCAGAUGAGCCGUUACAAUACCCUUGUCAGUAUUCAGAUGAAGGACAGAGCAACUCUGCCACCAGUACAGGCUCAUUCAUGGACAUCGCUUCUACAAAUACCAGUAAUAAAAGCGACACUAAUAUGGAGCAAGUUCCUUCCACAAACGAUACUAUUAAGCGCUUAGAAUCAAAAUUACUGAAAAAUCAGGCAAAGCAACAGAGUGAAUCUGGCCGUUUAAGCUUGGGAGCGUCCCGUGGGAGCAGUGUAGAGAGCUUGCCCCCAACUUCCGAGGGCAAGAGGAUGAGUGCUGACAUGUCUGAAAUAGAAGCCAGGAUUUCUGCGACCACAGCCUGUUCCAAGCCUAAACGGGGCCAUCGUAAAACUGCUUCAUUUGGCAACAUUCUGGAUGUCCCUGAGAUCGUCAUAUCAGGCAACGGACAGCCAAGACGUAGAUCCAUCCAAGACUUGAGUGUUACUGGAACAGAACCUGGUCAGGUGAGCAGUAGGUCAUCCAGUCCUAGCAUCAGAAUGAUCACUACUACCUCAGGACCAACCUCAGAAAAGCCAGCUAGAAGUCAUCCAUGGACCCCUGAUGAUUCCAUAGAUACCAAUGGAUCAGAUAACUCCAUCCCAAUGGCUUAUCUUACACUGGAUCAUCAACUACAGCCUCUGGCACCAUGCCCAAACUCCAAAGAAUCUAUGGCAGUGUUUGAACAACAUUGUAAAAUGGCACAAGAAUAUAUGAAAGUGCAGACGGAAAUUGCAUUGUUAUUACAGAGAAAGCAAGAACUAGUUGCAGAACUGGACCAGGAUGAAAAGGACCAGCAAAAUACAUCUCGUCUGGUACAGGAACAUAAAAAGCUUUUAGAUGAAAACAAAAGCCUUUCUACUUACUACCAGCAAUGCAAAAAACAACUAGAGGUCAUCAGAAGUCAGCAGCAAAAACGACAAGGCACUUCAUGAUUCUCUAGGACCGUUAAAUUUUAAAAUAUGCAAAGAAAGACUUUUUUUUUAAGGAAAGAAAAACCUUUAUAAUGACAAUCAUGAGUGUUAGCUUUUUGGCGUGUUCUGAAUGCCAACUGCCUAUAUUUGCUGCAUUUAUUUGUUUCAUCGUUUAUUUUCCUUUUCUCAUGGUGGACAUGCAAUUCAACUGUCUCCUUGAAUAACAUGGGGGCACCUGUGACUUGAAUAAGCAGCAGUUCUCAGCUUCAAAACAGACGCCUGAACCGUGGCUGUAUAUGCAUGCUCUGUGUGUGAAGGCCAGCCUAACAGAAACAGGUGGUAUCAAACUAGCUGCUGUGUGCAAACACCUUUUUU